AUACAACUCGCUUUCGCCGCCUCCCUGUUCAAGGUUUUAAUCGAUCGCCGUCGCACCGCCGGCGAUUAUCCAGUCUUUCCGUCUCCGUCGUAAGACUGUACUAGGCGGCCGGAACAACACAGGAAAAUUCAUAGCUACUGUUUCAUCUAUCUAACUUCAUACAUUCAGCUUUGCUUCAUCCUGGUUGAAGUUAUACAAUGAGGUUCAAGAAACAGAAACGCCAUCGCAAAAUUGUGAGAUUUUAUAAAGCUUGCUUUGGAUUCCGGGAGCCAUUCAAGGUCCUUUGUGAUGGCACUUUUGUGCAUCAUCUUCUUGUAAACCGUAUUACUCCGGCGAGUACUGCCCUUUCUAAUGUCCUCGGUGCCAAUGUGAAAGUCUUUACCACAAGAUGUGUUCUUGCUGAGUUAAAGAGCCUUGGGGAAUCAUAUGCAGAGUCUUUUGAGGUUGCCCGUGACCUGAUGAUUGCAAGAUGUGACCAUGAGAAGAGGCAUAGUGCGGUUUCUUGCAUCAUGGAGGUUGUUGGGGAUAAGAACACUGAACACUUUUUUGUUGCCACUCAAGAUGCUGAUCUGCGGAAGAAUUGCCAGCAGGUACCUGGAGUUCCUGUAGUAUUUGGCUUGCGAAAUGCCUUGCUCUUAGAAACUCCUUCUGUUUCUCAACGCCAGUUUGUGAAGUUCACUGAGGAGGACCGUUCACACAUGUCUGAGCUAGAAUUUAAAAUGUUAGAGAAAAUAGAGAAGGGAAUGGACGAAGAUGAAAAUGAACCCCAAAAUGUUGAGACUGCAAUGUUAUCGAAUGUGAAAGGAGGAGGAAAAGGAAUAGAAGAGAAGGAUAAAGCUCAGUUUAAGAGAAAGAAACCAAAGGGUCCAAAUCCUCUUUCAUGCAAGAAGAGAAAACACGCCGAAGCACCACAUUCUGGUCCUACAAGGGUGAAUGAUGAUAGUAACAGCAUGACAAGAUCUAGGAGCACAAAAAGAAAAAGAUCGCACAAAAACAAGGAGUCUGCAAGCACGAGCACAUAGAGACUUGCAUUUUGAUGAAAAAGGCCUUUUGUUAAGGUAAGAUAUGAGACAUUACUAAAACUUGUAGAAUUUUAUUUAUUUUCCAUUAGGGUGCAUUUGGAAGAUUGGAAUUAAAAUUCUAGAAUUAUAAAAUAGUAAUUAAAAAGUUUUUCAAAAUUUGUAUGGAAACCUUGUUAUUGAAAAUUGUUGAAUUUUUCUUUUGGCAAUAUGACUUUGUAGAUUUCGGA